GUCGUCGUAGUCCCGACCAUAGUGACCACGGUCAUUGCCGUGGUACUCACCCUGCUGCGGCUGUACGUUCGAAAGUUUGUCAUGAGGACACUGUCCUGGGAUGACUGGUUCAACCUCCUUGCGACGGUAAGGGCUGCGCUGGUAGGACUGUUCAACGCUUUCACUGAUGCCCUUUGACUCAGUUGACCACCCUCGUCGCUAUGGCCUUGAUCCUCGCUGCAGUCCCGUACGGACUAGGCCGCCAUUAUGACACUCUCGACGUCGACCGUGCCGUCUAUUGCAUCAAGCUCAUGCGGAUGUGCCUCUUUCCGUUGCUGUUCUCGACCAUCUUCCUGAAGAUCUCCAUCAGCCUUCUCUUGAUGAGGCUGUUUCUUACGACCAGAGUGUGGAAGAUAUUCUUCUGGUGCUUUAUUGCCUUCAACACGAUCACGAGUCUUCUUGAUGCCGCGAUUGUCCUCCCUCAGUGUGAUCCGGUAGCGCGAACAUGGGAUAAGCGAGUUGAUGGAACAUGUUGGCCCAAGUCGGCAAUCAACGGGGCGGCCAUUGCACAAGGAACAAUCGCUGCCGGAACAGACAUCGUGCUAUCCAUCCUACCCAUCGUGUUUCUAUGGAAGGUUAAGAUCCCGAUCAAAGUGAAGGCAGCCAUAUGCGGGCUCAUGGCACUGGGGUUUGCGAGUGCGGGGUUUGCACUUGCGCGAACAAUGUACGUUUCUACCUUGACUGAGUCUUCAGAUCCUACAUGGGACUACGUAAAUCUCUACAUGUGUGCAUUCCUAGAAUCCUCCAUUGGAGUCAUCGCUGCCGCAGCACCCUCCGUGAGACCCCUCCUUCGUCCCGGAUUCUGGAACAAGGAAUACUCCCGAUCGAGAUCCCGCUCUUUCCCGCUGCAUACGUUGACCGCCAAGAAGAGCGCACGGCCGGUCUGGGGGGAUACCCUGUUCGAUACUAGGCUCGAUCUGGAAGACCGCCCGAUUAAUUCGAGGGACAGCGAGUCCAAAUUGUGGCCACAGCUGAGCAUGGCUAUUGUUAAGCGGACGUCGAUAGAGGUGGUGACCAACUCUUUGACGAAUAGCGAGGUGAAGGCCAUGGGACGGCGAAGUGCUUAGACCUUUGUAUAGAUACGAAUCGCCGGAUGUAAAAGGUCCCCACGUAUAAUUUGUGCCAAUGAACAAAAAUAAAGAGCCUAAUACCACUCAAAUUACCCGGC